UGUGCUCUAAAUAUACCGAGGCGCUUAACACUAACAGACCUCCUCAUGUCAUAUUUGACACAACGCUAACAGGCGUCUCCUCCGAGACGGUGAAAUCUAUAAGUGCAGCCCUAGGCAUACCUACGGUUACAGCAUCAUUCGGCCAGGAAGGUGAUUUGAGACAAUGGCGAUCUCUCACAACAGUGAAAAGCAACUACUUACUACAGGUUAUGCCACCAACGGAUAUAAUACCAGAGGUAAUCAGAUCCAUAAUCAUAUACAUGAAUAUCACAAACGCAGCAAUUCUUUAUGACGAGUCAUUCGUAAUGGAUCACAAAUACAAGGCCCUUCUGCAAAAUAUCCCAACAAGGCAUGUGAUUACAGCGAUCGGCAAUGAUCGAGAUAGAGCAGAUCAAAUCGAAAAGCUUAGAAAUCUGGACAUUAAUAACUUUUUCAUAUUAGGGUCCUUUUCGUCAAUAAAGAAAGUAUUAGAGUCCGCCAAACGAGAAUUUUUCGAGAGAAAUUUUGCCUGGCAUGCCAUAACACAGUUCCAAGGAGAGUUAUCCAGCAAUAUUGAAAACGCUACCAUCAUGUUACUUCGGCCUGUAUCAGACAGUAGAAGCAAAGAUCGCUUGGGAGUGAUUAGGACUACUUACAACAUGAAACAGGAACCACAGAUUACUACUGUAUUUUAUUUCGAUCUUGCACUGCGGACAUUUCUUGCAAUUAA